AUGAGGCGAAGCCUGGCACUUGUGGUGGUGGCAGCCCUGGUCUGCUCGACGCAGGGAGUGCCUGUGAAGCCGCCCGCCAGGGCUGCCAACCGGUUCCCAGACGGUUUCCAUCUGGGCGCCGCCACCGCCGCCUUCCAGAUAGAGGGCGCGUGGAAUGAGGACGGGAAAGGAGAGAGCAUCUGGGACCACAUGCUGCACGCACAACCCAACCUGACAAAAGACAGCGGGAAUGGAGACGUGGCGGCCGACUCGUACCACAAGUACAAGGAGGACGUGCAGCUGCUCGUCGGGCUCAACGCCAACUGCUACCGGUUCUCUCUGAGCUGGCCUCGUAUCCUUCCCACAGGAGACACUAACGUCAUCAACCAGGCGGGCAUAGACUAUUACAACAAUGUCAUCAACGAGCUGCUGGCCAACGGGAUCGAGCCCAUGGUGACGCUGUACCACUGGGACCUCCCGCAGGAGCUGCAGAAGCUGGGCGGCUGGCCCAACAUCGAGCUGGCAGACUACUUCCUCGAGUACGCCCGCAUCGCCUUCGAGAACUUCGGAGACCGGGUGCAGCUGUGGCUGACCUUCAACGAGCCAAACAUGUUCUGCAACGGCUACUCGUCCGCCACAGAUUUCGCCCCUGGAGCCAACGCCUCGGGCAUCGCGGACUACAUGAUGGCCAAGACGAUCCUGCUGGCGCACGCGCGCGUCUACCGACUCUACGACCAGCACUUCCGCUUCAAGCAGAGGGGCAAGGUCGGCAUCACGCUGGACGGAGCCUGGUACGAGCCACUGACCAAUAGUAAGGAAGACGCUGAUGCUUCGGAGCGCCAGCUGCAAUUCGAGGUGGGCCUGUGGGCGAACCCCAUCUUCUCGUCCCAGGGCAACUUCCCCAAGGUGGUGCGCCAGCGCGUGGCAGCCAACAGUAAGAAGGAGGGGCGAGCCAGGUCCCGACUACCCACGCUCUCUCCGUCCGAGAUUCACCUCAUCAAGGGCACGGCUGACUUCUUCGGGCUGAACCAUUACUUUUCAUCUUUCAUAACUUCCGGGAGCAGCGGCCAGGAGCCUUCCAAGCUGCACGACGCUGGUGUCGUCACAUCCACCAUUCCAGGCUACCCUACCGCCUACUGGAUCACGGACGUUCCGUGGGGACUCCGUAAGCUGCUCAACUGGGUGCACGACACCUACCCCGGUUACCCCAUCUUCGUCACGGAGAACGGCUGGGCGGACCCUCCUGGUGUGCUCAAUGACACUGGCCGCAUCCACUACCUCAGGGGCUACGUCUCAGCUAUUUUGCGAGCCAUCAAUGAAGACGGCGUGCCAAUGAUCGGUUACACGAGCUGGAGUCUAAUCGACAACCUGGAGUGGAUGGACGGGUACACAAUGAAGUUCGGCCUGUACUCCGUGGACUAUGAUGACCCCGAACGACCCAGGACGCCAAAGGCUUCAGUGGCCGUCCUGGCAGACAUUUACAAGAACAAGGCGGUGCCGUGGAAGGACUUCGAGAAUGCCAACACCACGCCACCUUCUUAG